AUGGACGGUGUGAUGCAGGACGACGACCUGUGGCGGCGCGCCUUCUCGGCGAACGCAGGCCUGUUUGUCGACGAGCAGGCCGACUUCGGCCCGCUGCUGACCGGGGGAGAUGACCCGGCGGCCGUGACGGCAGCGGCAGGCGUGGCCGACCCCGUGGUGGGUAUGCCGUCGCCCUCGCCCGCUCCGGCAUCCAGUAAUAUGGCCUCCAUCGCGCCGAUGCCCUUUGUUGCGGCGGCGGCGACGCCGGCCCGUCAGGAACAACAGCACCAACCUCAUGUGCGGGUUCAAAUCGCGUGUCGGCCGUCGACGUUGGUGGCAACGCCGCCGCCGCACGCUCCACCCGCGUCCGAGGAACCGCCCUCGGCGACAGCACGCCCUGCCCCGCCGCCGUCGCAACGGCAGCAGCGAAGAAUUGGGCCCGCUCCGGAGUCGGCUCGUAGCAGAGUGAACAUGCCGGCGGCGCUGAGCAGCAAUGCGGCGGAAUCAACAGCCGCUGCCCUUGAACAGCAGGUCGCCGCCGAGGGACCUCCCGCGGAGAAGCAGCAGGCGAGCUUUUGUUUAUCUUUGAGGGGUCGUUGCCCUGCGGUCCGCAGCAGCGGCAGCACCAGCGCAAUUGCCCCCCAAAGGUGUCUGUGUGGUGCGCUCCUCCGCCAACUGGACGAGGGCCACGCCCCCGCGGAUACAGCAGUCGUCACGAAAAUGGCCGACGACGCCAGUGAGGCUCACACCCAACCUGCGGCUUCUACUCCUGAACACGCCGAUGUCCCGAGCGGAGAAGGCCCUAUUUUCGCUGUCCGCAUCGGCUGCGCCCUCCAUGUCCUCCAUCUCGCCGUGAACGCCGGGAUGGAGUGCCGGUCCGACUCCUCUUGCAUUUCAUGGGAACGAUUUCAAAAUCUCGUCUUUGGCUGCAAGGGCGUCAAGUGGGGCUGCAAGUUUAUCAGACCCGCGGAAACGCGCUGGAUGGUGGUUUGGGACGCAGCAGCUUUGCUCGAGGAUCGCUGGGAUGAGGUUAGGUGGUUGCAUUUGGAGUGGGCGGCGGCGAAGCUUCUUGGCACACCCUUCAUGGAUUACUGGUUCAAGUCCCUCUGCAUGCUGGACGACCCUCUCAUUCGGGUGCAUGCAAAGUUUUGCGUUGCCCUGCGGAAAGUAGUGCUCAGCUGGGCGUACAACUGGAUUCGCGGGGAGGGAGGCUACCUGUUAGAGGGCAGGGGUGGCGUGGCGGAGCGUCUACCCGCAGGGAUGCGGUUGGCGGAUAUAGCCGACUUCUCCCUCCUGCUGGUGGAACGACUCGAGGAGCUGCGGAUGCACCCGAAAAAAUAUUUUCCGGACCUGCUCGCCUGGGCCGAGAAGACGCUCUCGGAGGAAGAGGUGUCUGCUAACGCCGCCCAAACCUUAUUGCUCUUCGACCCCGUCCCCUAUUGCCCUAUGCUUCAGCUCGCGCAUUUCAUGCGGAACUUCCAAAACGAGAAGAGCGGCUUAUUUCGGGAGAUGAUCGCGCGAUGGACGAAAUGGAUGGAUAUGCAUCAGCAUCUCCCGUACAGCAUGGCGAGGCUAGCUUGCAGUUCGUUCUUUGAGGGCAAGUGGGCGGGAUCGGAGAAGGCGAUUGAACACGCUGUUGGCCAGGAGUAUGCGCGGGCUUCUUUGCUGGCGCUUUGGCCUGAACUUAACGAGGGCGCGGAGUGGGUGGGGUGGGACGAGGAGCACGAAUAUCUCGAGAUUUUGAGGGAUGACCUCUCGGAGGCCGAGACAACGGAGGAGAAAGAUGAGUUGACGUUUGGCAUGUUUUCGAAGUUGAAUGCGAGUGCUGAGUUCAGGGGAGAAGUGGAGAGGUAUUCGCUGUCUGCACGAGAGAAGAAGGAAAUUGUAGUCGACGACGAUGCCGAAAGCCAGGCACCGAGGGUCUCUGGCUUUGAUAUGAUUUGGUCCUUCCCCCUCCUGUACGAAUGGGCGCGCCAUGCCAUUUUGUUUGCCCCGAUCCACCAACAACUCGUCAAGAGUGUUUGCUCAACGUACGACACGUGCACCCAGAAACAUGACUCUAGAGAGAUUGGUAUCGUCCGCCUUGGGCAGUUCCGCUCAAGCCAGUCUAGGAGAGUACAGCGAUUGCAUGCCACCAACAAAGAAAUUCGGGAGGCGGGAGACAAGGUAAUUGCUGUUGCGAGAGAGUUGAAAAAGAGUGCCGCCCAAGCAAUCCCAAAUGACUGGCAGCUCCGAAAACGGGUCCUUGACACGAAGCAGUUUUUGAGGGACCAGAGUGAGAAAUCAAAGCAUGGCAGCAACUGGGUUGUUAGGAGCGUGCUCAAGGAGGAGAUGUCGUCUGAAGAGUCUUAGUAUGAG